AACAUGAGAACAUGCCGUACAGCUCGUCACAGGAAACCGACAGGCAAGUUGAUGAUAUUUACCUCAUCAUGAUAGCAAUUCAUGUUGAUCAUCGCGGUGCUCUUCAUUGUCCUUGUCUCCGAGACGAAGAUCCCAGCUUAUGUAACCAGACUGGUUUUUGGAAGAGGACUUUUUUGACUUUUCCCACCUGGAACAGUUAGUGGACCUGAUACAACCAGUUCCCCUUCAGAAAGUCAGUUUUGAUGUUUUGUUGGAGGACUACACAAGGAAAAUACAAGAAUUACAAGCCCAUGGCCUAUGGAAGAAAAGUGUCGUGAAUCCAUGUGCACAGGAGGCGAACCACCCAGGCAAGGCAUGUGUUGAGUCCUCCUGUCCUCGACCCAAGCCUACAACACACGAGGACAACCUGAGAAGCGUCUUGUCCACAAUGUCGGAACUCAACCAUCAGCACCUGAGCCUCAUGCUGGGGCUGUUCCCAGAACCUCCCUCGGGCAAGAGAGUCAUGUUUGCAACUGCAGCUUCCGAAAACCACUUCAAUGAAUCUCAGGGUCUCAUCCGGAACCUCCAUCAGAAUGUCUUUCCACUCAUCAGUAACUACACAUUCGUGUACUAUGAUCUAGGACUGCUACCAUGGCAAAGAAACAAGUUGGUGAUGGAUUGUCGUUGUGAACUGAGACGUUUCCCGGUGAAGUUGAUGCCCCCGAGGCUGCAGGAUCUACAGUGCUACGCAUGGAAAGCUUUCAUCAUACAGGCCAACCUCCCAAAGGCAGACAUCUUGGUGUGGAUGGACUCGUCUGUGCGGUUCUGGAACAAGACCAUCCCUCAGCUGCUGGAUGACGUGGAGAGACGAGGCAUUGUCACCUACGCUGACAUCCACUCAGUGGCGCAGCAUACCCUGGCGGAGACAAUGAACUACAUGAAAGAAGACGUGUGUAGUCUCGCGCCAGUCGCUGAAGACCACGGUGGCUUCCUGUUGCUUCACAACGAACGGUGGAUCCGUGAGGCUUUCAUCAAGCCUUUGGUGGCAUGUGCCAUGAGCCCAAAGUGCAUGUGUCCGCGAAAUCCAAUGGACGUCAUUAUCUGUGACACAGGCAUUCACAAGUACAAUAAAUGUCAUCGCUUUGAUCAGUCUGCAAUCAACAUCAUUCUCAGUAAACUGUUUCGAGAUCACAAAAGCAGCUUUCACUCGCCCUACAACGAGUAUCCAAAUGUCACAUUGGCUAGGUGAAAUGCAGAAUGAAUGGUAAUGGGGUAGAAGUACUGGAACUAUUGAACAUUCGAGUAAUGUUGUAGGUGGCGACGGGCAUUAAUACCACAUAAUGGUUUUGUGUCUCCUGUUUGAGAAAUAACACGUAUCAGCUCAAAGCAUUGCAUUUUUUCGUGUGGCGGGUAAUAUUAGUAGGCCAUUUCCGUUCUACCUAAUAUCAAAAUAUCAUUUGAUCCAUAUAAAUUCCAUCAUUGGAAAAUUUGAGUAUAUUUUUAUCUGGCGAUGAUUAUUUAUUUAUAUAAGUUUAUACAAUAUUUCCUGAAGCCAUUCGGAGUCUAACAGCUGAUGACUAAUUAGACAAUUCAAAUACGCUAGCAGAAGAAUUAACUGUGCUUUAUAUAAAGAUAUAAAACUGAAAUUUACAACUUGCUAUUUAGUCAUUCGUCGGAUCAGCAUUUACCCGUGAAGGUCCGGGUAAGAAUUGAUCUUCAGUAACCCAUGCUUGUCGUAGAGGCGACUAACGGGAUCGGGUGGUCAGGCUCUCUGACUGGGUUGA